UUCAGUGCCAGUUUGCAGUACCAGGAAGAAGCGACAGCAGCUGCCGGACUAAACCAGUUUGGUGAAGUUGGAAAGAUAAUCACCAAAAUUGCAGAGAAUUGUGGUUUAUUAAAUCAGUGAAGUCUGCAUGAAGUCGACUUGUGGGCUGGAUGAAUUGUAGCUUUGAACAGUCAUUUUAGGCGGGAUUGUCGUGUUCUCCUCCAGCUCAUUCAUCUUCAGUCACCCAGAUUUGCUGUUCUUGGUCAUGGAUGAUUUUGUUCGGAACAAAUUAACUGAAUGGGAUCUCAGUGAGUGGAUAGAAAAAUUUCAAGAUGAAGGCAUUGACACUGAAAGUCUUUACUGUCUUGGCCAUGAAGAAAUCGCUGCCUUGAUCCCAAAAGUAGGACCCAGGGCAAAAUUCAAGAAGAAACUAAAGUUGUUAAAGGGGGAACAAAACACAACAAACGCAGAAACAGUUGAUUCUCCUGCUCAAGUUCAUCCAUCCACCAGUGCUUCAAGUGAUCAAGUGAAGAGAAAGUUGGAUCUUCAGGGCGAGUCCAGCAAUUGGCAAUCACCAAGCAGAAAACAACGAUGUGAACCUAGACCGGGGUCAUACUCAGAAGGCAUUAUACUGUCUGAAGUGAAAAACAUCAUGAGAUAUGUCCAAAAAAAACUACCAGACCAAGACAACAAGCUUGAACAGUUCCUCAAGAAGAAAAUUAACGACUUGGAGAUCGAAAAGAGGGAACUGGUCGGUGUCUUUGGUAAAACCGGGGCUGGAAAGAGCUCUCUGAUAAAUGCCGUCAUUGGAGAGAAGAAUCUCUUGCCUAUUGGGAGGGUCAAAGCAUGUACCACAGUCAUGAUUAAAGUGGAGGCUAACAUGCUACACCAAAGAUAUGAGGCAGAAAUUGAGUUCAUUACAAAAGAGGAGUGGAAAGAUGAGUUGUGGUCCUCGUUAAAUUUCCUUGGGGAUAAUGCUGAUCAGGAAGAUGAACAGGAAGAUGAACAGGAAGGUGAUCAAGAAGAUGACGAGGAUCAGGACACUGUUGACAAGCUUUUAGCGCUGUAUGGAGAAGAAUGGAGAGACAAAACCCCUGAAAACCUCAUGGAAAACAAGUAUUUCAAAGAAAUUCCUGAAUUUCUUCUAUCCAAGAGAAAGCUUCUGACAGCUGAAUCAGCUAAAGAGCUAUCUGCAAAAUUAGUCAAAUACACAAGGAGUGAAUCAAACGAUGGAGAAGGAAAAGAAGUGAAGAGGUGGUAUUGGCCCCUGGUGAAGUGUGUGACUGUGAGGGUGCCUAACAAUGAUCUUCUCCAGCAUGUCACACUUGUGGAUCUUCCUGGAAAUGGGGACCGCAACAAGAGCAGAGACAAGAUGUGGAAAGGGGUUGUUGGAAGUUGCUCUACUGUGUGGAUUGUGACUGAAAUGAAACGAGCAGCAGCAGAGCGUGAAGCCUGGGACAUCCUGAAAAGUGCCAGUAGCCUCAUCGGAAAUGGUGGCGAAUGUCAGCGCAUCCACUUCAUCUGCACCAUGUCUGAUGAUAUUGGAGAUACGGAUGAUCGUUCAAGAGAUGCUGUUCGUGCUCUCAUAUUUCAAAACAACAUACAAGCCAAGGAAGAAGUGAACAAAGAGUUCAGAAAACUCAAGGAGUUUAAGAAACAUUUCAGUUAUGAAAGUUUCAAAGUCUUCACAGUGAGCUCCAAAGAGUUUCUGAAGCAAAAACGUCUGACGCCAGAGGAAACUGAAAUACCCAGACUUCAGGAAUUUCUGCAAGAGCUCAAUGACUGUCACUCAGAGACAUUAAACUAUGUGUCUGGAGCUCAUGGGAUCCUCUCUCUGAUUCAAGGGGCCAGAAGUAGAGCAGGG